AGCGUUUCACACAUCAACUCACUCAGAUGAAGUGAUCAAUGACAUUUCUCACUUUAUAUCUUCUCAGCCGACCUCCACCAUACACAAGUCGCGUCAUCUCCGGUUUCUUUCCAACGACUUCAAACCUCUUCCAACAAUCUGCACUUACAGCUCUAGCAAGUAUUUUGCACGCUUGUCUGCUGUACCAGUCUAACACUACACAGCGAGAUGCUCCUCACCAGAAACUGUUCGUGCGGUGACGGACACGUCAAAGGUGUGCGCAUCAACUGCACCGUCAGCCACAAACUCUACGAUCGACCUAUCUUCGAGGACGUCGUUCUCUGUGAUUGCUACGUCGCCCUCCUGCUCAAGGAUGGCGAAUCUUCUCAGAUCGCUCGCCGUAUCGGUACGCCUCUCCUCGCAAACCUGGAGUCUCAGCACAACAGAAUCCCAAACCACCCUAUGAACUGGUCGUACGCCUAUUACCUUCACAUACCCUGUGAGCUCGAGACCGAAGAGGAUAUCAAGAAGUGGGGCUCGCCAUCAAUCCAUUACUGGGAUCGGUAUGCUGGUGAUGCCGUCGUCAUCAGAGGAGACAAGGAGCCGCUGUCUGCCAAGUACCUCGAAGCACUCUCUGCUUGGUGUAUCCAAGAGAUGCAGCCAAAGUUCGGCGUGGCCAUGGAAGAGUUUGACCUCACUCCUAGAGACGACAGAAGAGAUGUGGUCGCUCUGCUCACCAAGGAGAACUUCGAGAAGUAUAUGAAAUCAUUUGUGAGGGAGGGCAAGACGGCAGACUACGACUGGCGCAGAAAGCUCGAGAAUGAGCAGUACCUGCGAUGGUGCAAGGAAGAAGAAGACAAGGAGAAGCAGAACAAGGAACAAAAGGAAGAGAUUGCUAAGCAUUGAGUGGUAUGCUAAACCUUAGAUCGGUUGGUCCGCCUGGAACGGAGGACCUGGGAGAAGAAAGUCAGAAGGCGGGACUGAACUAUCCGAGAACGGCAGAUUUUAUCUGAUGAU